AUGGAAGCUUUUCCAGACCAGUUCAUGGAAUUCCACCCUAUCCAUGGGACGAAUGUGCAGCUGGACUCCUCAGGGACCCAGGCUACGCGGGUGGAGAGCUUUGCCAAUGGAGUGUGCUUUAGCAAACAACCCUUAAAACCCGGAGAGAUUUUCCUCAUCGAGAUUGAGGACAAGGAGCUAGGCUGGUGCGGCCACCUCCGGAUCGGCCUGACCGCCAGGGACCCUAGAGACUUGGAGGUGGUCCCUGAAUACUCAAUCCCAGACCUGACAGACCUGGGUGACAGCUGGGUGUUCGCCAUUACUCGUAACCACAACAAGGUCACGGAGGAAAGACCCGGGCGAGAGGAGGCUGAAAAUGAGAACGACACCAACAGCAAACCAAAGACUUUUUUUACAGACUCUCAUUUGCACAUUGAGAAUGUUUGGAUCCCCAGAGACAAGCUUGUUGGCCGCAGCCGGCCUGGACGCUUCAGCCACAUUCUGGACGACUUGUACAAGACCAACACUUUGCCGCCUACAGCCAGACGCAGCCGGAUAGGAGUUCUGUAUGUACCGAAAGGCCCUGAUCUAGGUGACAUGCAUAUCGUCAUCAAUGGGGAGGACAUGGGUGCUUCUGCAAGAGGCAUCCCCACCAUAGAGCCUGUUUAUGCUGUAGUGGAUGUAUUUGCUGCUACUAAGUGUGUCAGGAUUGUGCAGGUGGAGUAUGGAUUCUCCUCCUUGCAGACACUGUGCAGGAAGUCCAUCCAGAAGCACAUUGUCCACAGAAUGGCAAUUGACUGGCUGGAGCUACCAGAGGCACUGAAGCACCUCUGCAAGUACGAGUGAGAACUUGAACAUCCUUAACAGGCGGAGACAUCGAAGAACUUUCUGACUUGUGAGGACAGAAUAAAGUGAAAUGGGAUUGUUUAGAUAUUGUCA